GCUGAACAGGGUUAAGGGGAAAAAAAGAGCUGGGGAGAGAGCGAGAGACACACACGGUGGAGACCUCACUGCUGCUGGAGUUCACUCUGCUGCAGCACAAACGUGACUUCCAGCAUUUGUUUUUCUUUUUUUUUUUAAUAUAAUUAUUAUUAUUUAUGCACACCCCUAUUUAAAUCAACAUAUUGUACUUUCACAUGCAAGAUGUAGCUCUGGAUCACAGACCAUAAACAAUGUUACAAAUUGCAUUCUAGAUUGUGAAUAGAAACAGACAAAAAAAAAAAAAGCACAGGGCGUCGUUUUGUAAAAAAAAAGAAUUGUUUUCUUGCCUUUUUUUUAUUUUGCUUUUUUUUCUGCAAGACGAAAUCUUUUCUCACUAUGGUUGUUUUGUUGAAGUAGCGAUCCUGUAUUGUCAUUUUGUAUGCAUCGAAAGCAUUUUCUUUUUCUUCCUCCCUGAAAGGAUCUGUUUUCAAGGUGAAUUUGUUGACCGAGAGAAAGAGAAGGGGUUCUCUUACGAAAAAGGAAAAAAAAAAAAAAACUCGGAUUACCAGCUCUACCACUAAAACCAGCAGAAAAUCAGGAUAUUUGGUUGUCGCGAUUUUGUGACGGGGCUUUAUUAAUUCAUGAGGAAAUUGUCGUCUUUUACUGACCCCAUCUGGAUUUCAGAAUGAGCAAGGAAAGGCCCAAGAGGAAUAUCAUUCAGAAGAAAUAUGAUGACAGUGACGGUAUUCCUUGGUCCGAAGAAAGGGUGGUGCGAAAGGUGCUUUACCUGUCUCUCAAAGAAUUUAAGACAGCGCAAAAAAGGCAAAGUGAUGACUGCAUUAAUGGCAGCUUCAAAACUCCCAAUGGUCUCCUCCUUAAUGGACAGUCUAAAGGAUCAGGCCAGUCAUCUGAAACUGAGAAGGAUGACACCUCACAAACUUCUUCUAACACCAACAGUGUGACUUCUUCAGACUCUGAAGAUGGGCCUGUGAGAAAAAGGCCAAGGCUGCAAGCACAAAGAAAAUUUGCCCAAUCCCAGCCAAACAGUCCGAGCACAACCCCUAUUAAAAUUGUGGAGCCAUUGCUACCCCCUCCAGUCACUCAGAUGUCAGACCUCACCAAGCGCAAGCCCAAGACUGAAGACUUCCUCACAUUUUUGUGUCUUCGAGGUUCUCCUGCAUUACCCUCUAACAUGGUGUAUUUUGGAAGUUCUCAAGAUGAAGAAGAUGUUGAGGAUGAAGAUUUAGAAUUUGAGGACACAAAAACAUUCACCACUAACACUUCAUCCUCAUGCCAUUCAACACCUCGGAAAGGAAAACUGCACAAGCAUGUUACCAAUGGACAUGUUUUCAAUGGGUCUUGCAAGUCGUCGAAGGAGAAAGAAACUUCUCACAAACACAAACACAAAAGGAAAGAGGCCACACCAGGGAAGGAGCGGCACAGCGAACAUAAAGCUGAGAGCCGGAGAGAGUCUGCCGCUGCUACCCAUCAACCUGCUUCAAACACGGGCUCCUAUGCCAAAGGGCUCGCUGCUAAUAACCACCACAGUCAUCUUAGAUCGGCUCAGGACUUAAAAAAACAGGUUUCCAAGGUGAAUGGAAUAACUCGAUUAUCAUCAUCAGGCUCUAAUGCAGUCGGUGCCAAAAAGACGAGAGAAGUUCGACCUUCACCGUCCAAAACUGUGAAGUAUACUGCAACGGUGACAAAAGGAACUGUCACAUACACCAAAGCCAAGAAAGAACUGGAUAAGGCAACCAAACAGAAUCACAGCAAAACCAGUUCAUCUGUUCACCACACAAUCUCAGGGACCACAGAAAGCAGCAAUGCAAAAACUCGUAAACAGGUGCUAUCUCUUUCCACAUCCAAGCCCAACUGUGCCGCUGGUAUUAACUGUGUCAAGGUAAAUGGCAAAUUGAACAAAAAGAUGUGCAUUAGAGAGGAAGGGAGGCAGCUAAGGGAAGGACUGCGCAACUCAAAAAGGCGUCUAGAGGAAGCAAACCAUCCCAACAAGGCACAGCCCUUGGUAAAAAAAAUUAAAGUAUCUGCCAGCUUGCCUGAGGUGCGAAGCAAAAGGUUAGCGGCAGAGAAACCGGUGCUUAAUGGACAUGUAAAGAAGGAAGUUCCAGAGAAGAUGCUUGAGAGCAAUCGCCCGAAGCGGGCCUCAACAGCCAAGAGCACAUCAGAUAUGCAAACGCAUGGUAAGACGGAAGCUGCCGUCUGUGAAAAUCAUUCUACCUCGCAGACUGAACCCUUGCAAAAACCUCUGGACUCUACCAAGCCAGAGAGAAAUGCUGGGAGGCCCAGGUGUGCAGCCAUGUGUGAGAUCCCUGUCCUCCGACCUUCUGCCAAGGAGUUCCAUGACCCACUCAUCUACAUCGAAUCUAUCCGAUCCCGAGUGGAGAAAUAUGGGAUGUGCACAGUGAUCCCUCCUCCAGACUGGAGACCGGAGUGCAAACUGAAUGACGAGAUGCGAUUUGUGACCCAGAUCCAGCAUAUCCACAAGCUUGGCCGACGUUGGGGUCCAAAUGUACAGCGUCUGGCCUGCAUUAAAAAGCACCUCAAAUCUCAGGGCAUCACCUUGGAUGAACUCCCACUCAUAGGAGGUUGUGAGCUAGAUCUUGCUCGUUUUUUCCAACUCAUAAACGAAAUGGGUGGCAUGCAACAAGUGACUGACCUCAAGAAGUGGAGCAAGUUGGCAGACAUGCUACGCAUCCCGAAAACUGCACAGGACCGACUGGCAAAGCUGCAAGAGGCAUACUGUCAAUAUCUGCUCUCUUAUGACUCUCUUUCCCCUGAGGAGCACAAGAAACUGGAGAAAGAAGUCCUGCAAGAGAAGGAAAAUCUGGAGAAGAAGAAAGGUCCAUUGGAGGGUCACUCAGAGAAUAACUAUAAGUUACAUUUGCUGCCUCGUUAUGAACCCAAGAAUGGGCUUAUUAAUGGAGUAGUUCCCCGCAACGGCCUCCGAGGGAAGUUAAGAGAAAUGGAUAUCCAGAUGAAAAAUGGAAGACGGAGGCUUUUCGCUCAGGAAAAAGAAACUACAGAGGAAGAGCCAGAAGAUAAGGGUUUAUUUGGUGACCUUCACAAGUGUAUCUAUAAAGGAAGGUCUGUAUCACUCACAACCUUCUUCCGGACAGCCAGAAAUGUGAUGAACAUGUGCUUCAACAAAGAGCCCACAGUAGCAGAGGUUGAGCAAGAGUACUGGCGUGUUGUUGAGCAGAGGUUUUGCCACGUUGCUGUGCAUUGUGGAAAAGUUGACACAAAUACUCAUGGAAGUGGGUUUCCUGUGGGUAAAGCAGAACCCUUUUCAAGACAUGGAUGGAAUCUCACUGUCCUUCCUAAUAAUUCAGGAUCCAUCCUGCGACACCUUGGUGCUGUGCCUGGAGUAACUAUUCCUUGGCUAAAUAUUGGCAUGGUUUUUUCUACCUCAUGCUGGUCUCGAGACCAAAAUCACCUUCCAUAUAUUGACUACUUACACACUGGUGCUGAUUGCAUUUGGUAUUGCAUUCCUGCUGAGGAAGAGAGCAAACUUGACAAAGUGGUACAUACCCUACUACAAGCCAAUGGUACUCCUGGUCUGCAAAUGCUUGAAAGUAACGUCAUGAUCUCCCCUGAGGUGCUUUGUAAAGAGGGGAUUAAGGUGCACCGUACUGUACAGCAGAGUGGACAAUUCGUUGUCUGCUUCCCAGGAUCCUUUGUGUCAAAAGUAUGCUGUGGCUACAGUGUUUCUGAAACUGUGCAUUUUGCUACCACCCAGUGGACAAGUAUGGGCUUCAAAACUGCCAAGGAAAUGAAACGUCGACACAUAGCAAAGCCCUUUUCCAUGGAAAAACUAUUGUAUCAGAUUGCAACUGCAGAAGCAAAGAAAGAGAACAGUCCUUCGCUGAGUGUCAUUUCGAGUCUCCUCGGAGAGCUCAGGGAUACAGAGCUGAGGCAGCGCCAGGAACUCUUUGAGGCCGGUCUCCUCUCUUCAGCACGCUACGGGAGUCACGAUACCAGCAUCUCAACGUUGGAUGGAAAGAAAAAGCCACGAAAAUGGUUGCAGUUUGAGACGUCAGAGAGAAGAUGUCAGAUUUGCCAGCACUUGUGCUACCUUUCCAUGGUUGUACAGGAAAACGAGAAUGUAGUGUUUUGCCUGGAGUGUGCACUGCGUCAAGUUGAGAAACAGAAAUCCUGUCGUGGAUUGAAAUUGAUGUAUCGCUAUGAUGAGGAGCAAAUAAUUAGUCUAGUCAAUCAGAUAUGUGGGAAGGUGUCUGGUAAAAACAACAGCAAUGAGAACUGUCUCAUCAAGAAUACACCAAAAAGGGGACCAAGAAAGAGAGCCACUCUUGAUAUGCCACCAUCCAGACUUUCAACAUCCAAUAUGUCCAAAAGUGCUUCAGUCUCAUCAUGAUGAUGCCAACUCUCUAAUUUCUUCGAUCAUAUAAAUAUACAGUAUAUAUUUUUUUUGUAAUUAUACCCUAGUUUGGAGUACUUGCUGUAGAAUACAGGCUGUCUUUGCACUAGCUCUAAGAAGAAAUUUUUGUUUUUGACAUUUUUUUUUCCAUCUGGUUUUUAGAGAAGUAAAUUUGUUUUUAGCAUUAAACUUUUCUUCUUUUAAUUUUUUUAGGGUUUUGUACUUAGAAACUGCAGUUGUAAUUUUGAAGCUGCAGUAUUAGUCACUGUUUUAUGACGGUCCAAGGGUGCUAUUAUAAUAUCCUGUCAUUUUCCCCCAAGGCCCCAGAGACUGAGGUAAUAAAACUAAGCCUUCCUUUACAACAAAUCAUGUGAAAGAGGCUUCUACAGCAUUUUUGAUAAGUUGAAGUUUGAAGUGGAUUUUUAGUAUUGUUUUAUUUUUCAUUUUUUUUUCUUUUCUUGUUCACCUAUGUAUUCCUUUAUCCAGUCAAGGGAGCAGUUUUUGUUGUUGUUUUUUUGUUUGUUUUUUUAGAAAGAAAAUAGUCAAAACUUGAAUGAACCUACUAUUUGUUUUCUUGGCUGUGUUUUAUUUUAUCAUGUGGAAGAUGAAUUUGUAUUAUUUUUAUCUUAUUUUUUCUUUUAAAGUGGGAAUUACAAAUUAUAUGUAAAAGAAAACUGCAGAUGGUUUGGCAGCUGAAGAUGGACUUUUUUCUUUGUCUUCUUUUUUUUUUUUUAUAUUUUUUAACCAGAGGCAAAAUGCUGAGCUUUAGAAAAAAAAUGGUUCUCUCUUACCAGCACAUUUCUAUGCAUCUGUUAAAGGAGAAAUAUAAAAACUAUCAAUGAACUCAAGCAAUGCCUGUCUGACAAAAGUCACGUGGAGGGGGAGGGAUUAUAAACUGUGCCUGAUUUCAUAUGGAAUCCAUUCUGUUAUUUUUGGUGCUGUUGGCUACUUUAUCAAAAAAGAAAAAAACUUAAAUAGCAUCCUUUUGAAAAGGAAUUUAAAGUAUAUAUAUAAAGUGGUUGAAGCCAGAAGUGCUUCUCUGUCAUAGAUGUGCAAUCUUUCUAACAUUCCAUUUUCAUUCCACUGCUGUCUCAACACAUCACACAAUCAGCAUUAAUAUAAAUAUAUAUAUAUAUAUAUUUUUAUUUUUUUUUAUAUAUAUUUUUUUUUUUCAUCCUCUCUGUUGGAGAUACUUGUAAUACAUUUAGGUUUUCAGAUCUCUGCAGCUAGGAUGGAAUUGCUUCAACGAUCACCUUUUAAAAGCCACUAGAUCUGAAUUUUGUUUCUCUUUUUGUUGUGAAUGUGAAAAUGAAUCUCCUCACUUUUUUUUCCCUUUGUUACUCUUAAGAGACAAACCACAACUUUUUUUUUUUGUACAUAUGCUUGUAAAUUGUUUUAAAUACUUGAGCCUUCUUUUGGGGAAAGGGGUGGUCAGGGGUCGGUGAGAAGAAAAAUGAUGAAGAAAAAGCCUUACAUUUCAGUUUCUUCAUCAAAUGGUUUGGAUGCUUACAGGGUUCUUCUUGUAACAUAUAUAUAAGUGCUGCUUACAUCACUGAACAACUAAAAAAAGGAAAGGAGAAAAAAAAAAUAGAGUGGUAAUUUUUUGCCCCAAUUUUUUCUGGUUGUUUGUAUGUGUGGGACUAAAGAAAAAAAAAAGGGAAAAUGUUUUCACAAAUGUGUUCUUUUGUUCAUGAUUGAAAGAAAUAAGAAUAAACUGUAGCUAGCCAUAUUGCACUGAACUCGCCAGUGGUAACUAUUGGGAGAGUUUCCUUUAAUACAAUUUGUUGGUUGUUGUUGCAGAAGACUGAACUGUUUUUUGAAUAUUUAACAAUAACAUAAACAGAGUCAAGUGUUUUUCAAAUGUGGUUGUCCAGUUUUAUGGCCUUGCUGUGUACUUUUUCCCUCUUGACAGUAAACUUCUAUGACUACGGCUUACAGGUUGACAUUUAAUUUAUUAGCACUGUUCUGCUCUCUUUCCCUGUUGCAGAAAGACUCCAUGUUGUUUAUUGCCAGUUUUGUUUACUUUUCAGGUUUGUACAACAAGGUUUAAUAAUAAAUAAAAUAAACUUUUUUGAAUAUG